GCUACAAGCCCAAUUAUUCACCCGCCUCAAGGUUGUUGCUCAGCCACAGAGGGGUGAUUAAUAAUUGAGUAGUUAGUACAAGGAUUAGUUGUUGCACCCUAACUUGCCCUUUCCUUCUGUCCAAUGUGUAAGGGGAAACUUAUCCUAACCAAUUUGCAGAUCAUUGAUCCAGGCUGUUCACCAGCAGAAGGCCAAAAUCUUAUCGGUGGUUCCUCCGGCACUGAAAGGGUUUCUAUGGGCUGGUAAUGGUUACAGAGUAAACCAAGUGUCAUAGAUAUGCGAGAAGCAAGCAAAUAAGGAAGGGUUUGUCAAUAGUAGUCUGGCAGGCAGAUAACAAUGACAUACAAGCAGAAGGGCACAGGUGAUUGGGAGAAAGGGGAAGAAAACGUGAAGUCAUUAUAGAGUAUAUGGCAGUCGUUUGGAGGUGGAGAGUUCAAAAGGGAAGAACAUGAGGCACUACAUCAACAUAAAGGAGAAAAUAAAAGCUCUAAGAGUUCGGGAGAUUGAAAGGAAGAAUAAGAGAGAAUAAAGCAGGGUGAGGACUGAAGAAGAACUCAAGGCUAGAAGGAAUCUGAAGAGAGGACAAUAAGGACCAAACCUCAGUCAGUUAUGGUACACGCUAUGUUGAAACCAUAUGAAACGGUGAGGUCUAUGGAAUAACUGAAGCAUAUAAACUCAUAUAUACGUCUGAGAAAUACUACACCAGAAGAAGGGGGCCCUUGAAGGAAUCUCUCCUUUUCCACCUUGACCAGAUAGAAAUAGAAUUGUCUCGAUGGUGGAAAGCUGAAGUAGAAAUAACUGGGUUCCAAGUAAAUAACAAGACAGUCUUCCUGGACCUUCUUCAUAGAAAGCCAUUGACUCCAUGACCUGGUUAUUGUGAUUCAUCCUGAUAUGGAAUGAAUAGAUGUUAUUCUACAGUGUCGUUUCAUGGUUAAAGGAGGACGUUGGUAGAAGAUUGAACCCUUGGUGAAUAUGUUUGAUGUGUUAUCUGGGUGAUAUCGUCCUCCUUGAGUGUCAGAUCUUCAGACUACUUUAUGGACGUUCUUCACUUGUUAUGGAGAUCCAGGAUCAACAUGAUAAAAUCAGUUUGUUUGCACAUAUUUCCAAUGACUCUUUGCAAUGAUACAUUUCUAUCCCAAAUUGAAGGACAACCCUAUAAGAUUGCCCCUUUUCUAUUUGGAAACUCUAGUGUAAAAAUAACUUUCUCUAAAGCUUCCCAACACAUAGACUCACCUUGUAGUUGAAGGGCUAAAUAUCCUUCCUAGGGCCACUGGCUACCAUUGAAUUCUAGGCCAUGGAACUCAGGACUUCUAAAGACUGCAAGAGUCUCUCAACCCCAGGUUUAUCGUAUUCCAUUGAAGAAAUUCUGAAGAAACCUUCUCACAAGAAUGUUUCCAGGAAGCCUUUCUUAGAUUAUUCAUAUACAGGACAUUUAUUAGCAAUGCACCUGGGAACAGCAACUGAGGUGGAUGCAGGUUCCCCUUUGGAGGUUCCAGAAGAAGAACCAGAAGUUCCAUCAGGAGCCGUUGCUUCCAGAGCUGAGGGCCCAAUGCAGACUCCCCAUUACAAGAGAAUAAGGGCCAAUGUUCCAGGGUCGGACCCCCCGACAGUGAAUGGUAGAGAUGGGUUUGAACACCAUGAAGGGGAGGACGAGCUGAGCGACACAACGCAGGAAAGCUCCACUUGUGACCAGAAGAACAAGAGAAGAAUCAGAACCACCUUCACCAUGGCACAGCUGCAGGAGCUGGAGCAGAUAUUCCAGGUUACCCACUACCCCGACGUACAGACACGGGACCAGCUGGCUACCAAAAUCCAGCUCCCAGAGGCCCGAGUACAGAUUUGGUUUCAAAACCGAAGGGCCAAAUGGAGAAAAUACGAAAAACUGGGCAAUUUCGGAGGGCUUCAGCAUCUCACGUCGGUCGAUAUGGUCCCUGCCCCAAAGCCAGAUUGCACGGACUUUAGUCUACAGCCAAGCAAGUUACAGGACGUGGACCUGCCCCAUUUAUAUUACUCUUUCCAAGGGCAUCUCCCGUUAGCAUAUGGACCAAGUAUGACACCUCUAAAUACAACAGCUCCAAUGCCUUUUCCUGUAUGGAUGUCCCCAUAUUACAUUCCACUCCCACAAAGAAGCCUCCCCAGCAGCGCCCUCACCUCCCCGACUUAA